UUCAGCAGAUUCUGUUGUUAAUAGAAUCUGUUUGUCCCAUAAUAUUGAGACAUUCAACCAAGGCAUCAUGGGUAUCCAUGUAUCACCGAUUACGACAAAGAGGCUGAGAAGCGCGUGUUAUCCUCAACAGAAAACCAAAGAAAUCAUGGAUGGGGUUAAGCGACACAUAUUCGAUCUUUCGGAAGAUGAUGACCAAGGAAUCCUCAACGCCAAGGCUAAGGAUUACGAUGAAAUGAUGAGCCAACUAAAGGAAAAAUACGUAGAUCCGGAAUGCACUCGAGAAGAAAAGACACAAGUAUUAUCCGUAUUACCGAAAUCUUGGCCUGUACAAAGAAUCAUGGAUGAAUUCGGUGUCAACAGAUAUACUGCAGCACAGGUAAGAUUUAUAUUUUUUUAAACACCAUAAAGGAAAAAUUAAAAAUAAUUUUCAUUUUCUUUCUUCCCAGGUAAAAGAUUUGGUCGACGAAGAUGGAAUAUUAUGUUCCCUUCGUUCCAAAGCAGGACAUGGACUGAGAGCAGAGUUAGUAGAUACAGUUGUGAAAUUCUACGAAGAUGACGAUAUAAGCAGAGUUAUGCCGGGCCAAGAGAUUAUGUCUCUGUAGUGACGGGUGGUGUACGCCAGACCUACAAUGUCCCAGAUGUGUGGCUAUCUGUAGACCAUCUAUGCGCAGUUUGGUGCUUACAGUUUGUGUUGGUGAUGAACCGUUUCUUAUACAGUAUAUUGGACACUAGUAAACGUUCGUCCAGCAAGUUCAUCGACGAAAAAGAAACAAGGCUACGAAAUGCGCUCAUCCAUUUCAAGGGUGCUAGUUUUGUGGCUUCUGAAAAAAUGGUAAAAAAUGAUGUAAUUUCUGAGGAUUGGAUAGAAGAUAUACGGAGGAAUUUCCAGUUUACUUUUGACACAGGAUUGGCUCGUACACGUAUGCAGAUGAUACCACUUAAUUCAAAUCCCCUUUAUCGUUAUAUGAAGGCAGAAGUCAUAAACUUGGACACAAACAGUUGGAUUUUGGGAUGCUCGGCAGUUGAAAUUAAUGCAAAUAUGCGAUACUGUUCCACUGCGACGCCACUGUAUAAUUAUAGUACAGUUUUACCACCCACCGAGAAUGAUCGCAGGAUUGCGCAAAUAAAUCUCCACGAUAUUAAAGUGCAGAAUCCAUCCUGGUCGCACUUGUUGCUCAAAUUGCCAAAAACAAACAAAACAUUUAAAUUAAGUGUAGAUGUCAAUAAUUAUAGCGAUCGUGUUAUAGACAUACAAAUGCCCAAAUGGUACGCAUUUGGAAACUUCAAGCUAUUUGAUGAUACAGCACUGGGAGCCUCAUUUUACAAACUUAUCAUUUAUGGAAUGGAAAACAGUUAUCAAACGUUAGCUAUAUAUAUUGAUAUGCGUUCGUGUAAUUCAGAUAUUCCGUCGGUUGUUGCAAACAUCAGUGUACCAUGGACAGACGGUUUCACAAAAUACUCUUAUUAUUACAACAAAAAUCAUAGCGUAAUAUACGUGUACACCCCAUAUGAUAGACCAAAUGAGGUCAACUCUUCCACCAAUCCAAUUGGAGUUGAUUUGCAUUUAAAUCCCAGUUGCCGUUAUUCGUUAAGUUAUUCACAGUCACUCAGUGUAAUGAUGGCAAGAAUUGUUCAACAGUUUGGUCAAUGGAUGCCAGCGCACUGUGUAGCAAUUUUGCUGCUAGCACUUAAACAUCAAGUGUCUGUAACACCUGAAAAUAAACGAUUCAAAUGUGGUAAACUACAUACAGCAUUGAGCAGGAGUACUCCAUUUUUCAUCGUAACAGCAUCUCGAGUGUUCAUCAAGCUUGUCUUGAUGUUCAAAGUUUUGCCGCAACCAGAACAAUUUGAUUAUCCCAUAUUGAUAUCCGUUAUUGUUCACGGAGCAUCUUUAGCCAUUCUGUUGAUAUCAACGGCAUUACUGUGGGCAGCUAUUGUCUUUUGUGGAAACUUUGUACAUAAAAUCUUGCUCAAGAUUGUUUGCCUACCUAUACCGGCUUUGUCGUCGAUGAUUGUGUCAUGUAUCCACAAAUUCCCUAUUGUAAUUGGUGGCAUUUUAAUGUCUGUUGCUCUAGCAUCAUGCGGCAGCGUUGCUUUAAUUUGUGCAUGCGUCGUCUACUUUGUAAUUCUUACAAAAAUGUAUGAAAGCUACUUAGAACAUUUUGUUCUAAAAACGGCGAAAUUAAUCGCACGAAAGCUGUUUGGAAUAAAUAUUCGCUGUAAAGGAGAAAACCAAGAACAACCCACUAGGAAUGAAGACGAAACUAGCGUUUCUUCACCUAAUAAUCAACCUGGAGUACACGAAGUUCCUCGGCAUGAAUAUGACAAUGUGCAUGCAGGUCUAGUCAACAUAAAUUUUCACUUGCCAUUGUUCUUGCUUUUAAUUGUGGUAUCUUUACUGAAUUUUCCGAGUUUUCUGACGUGGGCUAAACAGUAUAAACUAGCUCCCUCGCUUAAACCGGACGCAUCCCUCAUUCCAUCAGUUGUCAUAAUAGCCAGUCUAUCUGUGUUAUGGCAAAUGAAUGUGCCCAGGAAUAUAUCAGGAUACAAACUUCUAUCCGGAAUUUUGUACAUUGCCGCUGUAAUUUGUAUUAUCUAUUGCCAAAUAUCACUCUAUAGGCUGAAUUUUGUAAUAGCAUCAACUUUCGCUGUUAUAACAAUACAUCAACUAGUUGGACUAAAAUUUACCAAUAAGUGAGCGAUUACGUGCUGAGCAGCUCUUGUUAGUCAAUAUGUUCCUACUACCUACAUCCGGAUAGACUAGAUUGCAUUUGAAAACAAAUUUCGCAUUUUAAUGGCAACCCACAUUAAUGUUCUCAAGCUGCAUAACACUUUAAGGUUUAUUUUUUAAUUUUUUUAAGAUUUCUGUUAAUUACUGCGUACUAAUCGCCUCCGUUGGCGAACUUUGGAUUUUUCAGAUAUAAUUUGAUAGGCUAAUAACCUCAAGUCCGUGCUCUGUCACAAUAUUUCAUUGUGAUUAAUCAACACUCAAUGGGUAAAGUAUAAAAUUUGAGGUGAAUUUGAAAGAAAGGGAAUGUAGAAGUGUAGAACGAACUGCCCACUGGAUGUUUCUGAAGCCUGGCCAAGUGAGUGAGUUAUGGGUUUAUUUGGUUGGUUGGUUGUCUUUAUUAAGGAGAUUUUCAGCCAGACGCUGGUUCAUCUCCGGGAACCCUUGAAGGGAUUUCCCCAAAUUACAGAUUUGAAAAUUGAAAGAAGUGUCCGGAGGGGGCACUUCUGAAAGAUGGGGGAGGCUCCAGAGUAGAGUCCCUUUAGAAUGGAAUACUUAUGUGAUACAGAUUGAUAUCUAAGGUACGGUUGUUGUUUUUUAUGCUGACUCAUUUUACGCCGGCGGAAUGGGUUUAUUUGAAAGUACGUCAUUUCUUGAAAACAAUAAAUAAACAUGGGUUUUUUUUUUUAAAUUCUUUAUUAAAGAGAUUUUUAGCCUUAGGCUAGUUCAUCUCUAUAAAAAAUAAACAUGGGGAAAUGGAUGUAAUGUCCCUAAUUUGGGACCAUACGUAAAUUAAUCAAUCGACUAAAUUUUCAAUAGCGACCAAAAAUAUCCAUUAGUACCGUCCCAAUGACGCGUUCAUGUAAAUAAAAUUGAUAAAUAGCAGAUUUUUAGUGAUGGGCAAGGGUUUUAUAUAUUUUCAGGGUAGAUAGGGCUCCUAAAGUUAUGAAAUAAUCCCCAUGAAACAUAGGGUUGGAAAUGACUGCUAAGUGAGUUAUUCAACAUUUUAUGUUUUUUUUUGUAGUGCCAACUUUGGUUAGCUAUAUUUUUUUUAAUCUUAAUGUGGUUUUCUGAUUUCAACAUACCAAAUGAAAGAUUUAAGUCUUAGCUAUCAAUGCUCUUUGAAAAAGAACUCGAUUAAAGUUAAUUAUCAUACAUUAAAAUUGAAAAGUAUGUUGAAAGUACCAAAAAAAUUGGUGAAAUUUCAUACAUGUGAGUGUUUUUAAGUUGAAAAUUUUCAUUACUGUUAAUUUAGUUGUUUUACAAAACAUUAUCCAUGCAGUUCCCUAGAUUUGUGCCUUUGGUAGUAAAUUUGUAGGCUUUAUGGUUUAUUCGUAAUUAUUGAUUUAAUACAGCCAAAAAAACUUGUGACGUUUUCUUAAAAUGCGCUAUAGUCACUAUAUGCGCUAUAGUUACGCACAUGAAAAUUUGGUAAAAUGUUAUUGUAAAUGUUGAACUACAUUCUUAACUUUCGAUAACCGCACAUCUCCUGCGCCGAAAGAAAACAUAACUGCGGAGAUGUUUCGCGGUAUCGAAUAUUGCUCAGUCUCAGCAGAACACACAGCGAGGGACACCGAAUCAGCGAAUUCUGUGACCGGAAGGGAGAGAAGUAGGUAGUGGUAAUUGGCAAAUCAAAGUUGGCACAUGUGGAGAAUAGAAGAACUAUGAAAGUGAUGAUAGUUUUAAAAAUUUUCACGUGGAGGUAUACAAAUGCAAUCUUAAAAUGCUUUUAUUUUGCAAAUGGAGCAUUUUUUUAAUUCUGGUUGCUGCUACAGUUGUAGAAAAGUUGAAAUCUAUGUCUGCACCUAAAAAUCUGAAAAGAAAUUAUUUUUCUAUAUUAUAUGUCUAUUAAGUAGUCCUUAAGUUUUCUACUAGCGCAGGAAAUCAGUUUGGCACGGCAUUUGUGACCAGCAUACCUUCCGGUAGCAUGAAACACGUCAAAAUUUUCCCAAAUCUGCCAAGAAAUUUGUUUGUGUUGCAUUUGCUUAUAGCAAAAUAGUGAACUUUUUGUGAACAUUAACGCCAAAGAACUCACCACUACACUUUUUGUUACAUGCCUCAUGCAUGCGAUUUGGUGUACAGCACACUUCUUCCGAUUUCUUGAUCACCUUAUAAAAUAGGCGAUGUCAGUUGAAUAUCGGGGAUUGGAAUUCAAAUUAUUCUUAAAAAUAUAUUUAUAUAUUUGUUUACUGGCUCAGAUUACAGCUGGGAAGAUAAAACUUUCAUUUUGCAAAUUGAAGCUGCUGUAAUGUUUUAUCUAAUAAUUUACCACUUCAAUGAGGACUGCUACUGUCCUCUGUUUUAUCACAUUAAAUAAAUAAUAUUGCAUACUUUAUUUGUAAUACAAGAUUUGAGAGAUUUUUUAUCUUUAAAAAUGUAUGUUAAUUGAUAAGUAGUAUUGGCAAAAAAUACAAUUUUAGAGCGAAAUAAAUAGGGGAAAUGACGGCUUCGGCAUGACAGACUAUUUUCGGCAACCCAAAUUGAAACACUAUUUUCACUGGAUUUUCUUACGAAAACACUUCGCUGAAUGCAUGCAAACGAUUCUUUAUGCUUUCAGCUUCAAUUUGACUAUAUUUUUACCACUGAGAAAAAGCAAUCUAGCAGGGUUUUCUUGAAAUGAAACACACGCACUACAAAUUGUAGCUGAUUUUGAGUUGCCGAUAA